AUGACAUGUUGUCUCUCUUCUAUGCUUUUAGGAACCGAAAGGGAGUAUGCUUUCAAUAUACCUCCUACAUGCUCCGGAGUCGUGACCAAUAGGUGCGACCUCAAGGUUGUCGAGCAUGUAUUUAAGAAUCUAGAUGAUGAACAUCAAGAUUUAUUUGUGGAAUCUUGCUUCCGGCCACUAGUGCACAUUCCGGAGUUGAAAUUGUCGUCUCAAUUGAUCCACCACCUUGUAGCAAGGACCUUGAAAUCACCCGACUAUGAAAAAGAUGCCGUGUGGUUCAAAUUUGGAGAAAAGGAAGCCAGAUUCGGGUUACAAGAAUUCUCUCUUGUAAGCGGUUUAAAGAUUGUGGAUGAUGUGUCUUACGAUGUCGCCAAAAGAAGUAGUUCACUUUUGGAUUUAUUCAAAGAGAAGAAAGCGAAGAUAAUGAAGAAAGACUUGCUCGAGCAAUUUGAUGGUUUGGUAGAGAAGGAAGAUGCAGAUUUGAAGUACAAAUUGGGGCUUCUAAUUGUCCUCGAGUAUGCGGUAUUGUCUAACGAGUGCCGGACUCUUGUGGAUGAAAGAUGGUUUCAUCUCGUUGAAGAUUUGGAACUAUUUAAUAACUAUCCUUGGGGGAACUUGUCGUACGAGUACACCGUUUGGGCAUUUGAGGCACUACCUGAGCUGGGAAGAAAAUUUGGUCAAACUUAUGGUGGUGGCAGACUUCCAAGAAUGAUGUCUUGGAAAAUGAGUAAACAGUGGCGAAGCGAGCAAAUCAGUAUGUUUUUCGACGCGUCGGAG